AAAAAAAAAAAAACGAGCAACCAGAGACAAAAGGUCUUCUGGGUUCCUCUGUCUUGGUAAUCCUGUGAAGGCACUCCAACCUGUCACCAUGGGGAUCACCAAAUCACGGAGUUGCUUUGGUUAUCCUGUAAGCAUCUUUUUCAUUAUCAUCAAUGAAUUCUGUGAAAGAUUUUCCUACUAUGGAAUGAGAGCAAUUCUAGUUCUAUAUUUCCAACGCUUUCUUCGAUGGGAGGAUAAUGUAGCUACUGCCAUCUAUCACACAUUUAUUGCUCUAUGCUAUCUAACACCAAUUCUUGGAGCUCUUAUUGCUGACUCAUGGCUGGGCAAGUUCAAAACAAUCAUCUCAUUGUCCAUUGUUUAUACUCUGGGGCAAGCAGUCACUGCCAUAAGUUCCAUUAAUGACCUCUCAGAUUCUGACCACGAUGGAAAUCCUGAUAACCAUACUUUGCAUGUAAUUUUGUCUAUGAUGGGGCUUGUCCUGAUUGCUUUUGGUACUGGUGGAAUAAAACCUUGUGUGUCAGCAUUUGGUGGAGAUCAGUUUGAAGAACAUCAGGAAAAACAAAGAAACAGAUUUUUUUCCAUCUUUUAUCUGGCCAUCAAUGCUGGAAGCCUGAUUUCUACAAUCGUAACUCCCAUACUCAGAGUUCAAGAAUGUGGCAUUCAUAGCAAACAAGCAUGUUAUCCAUUGGCAUUUGGAGUUCCUGCUGCUCUGAUGGCUGUAUCUCUGAUUGUGUUUGUCAUUGGCAGCAGCUUGUACAAGAAGGUUAAACCUCAAGGCAACAUAAUGGCUGAAGUUGCCAACUGCAUUGGUUUUGCAAUCAAGAACAGAUUUAAGCACAGGAGUAAAGAAUUCCCAAAGAGGGAGCACUGGCUGGAUUGGGCUAAAGAAAAAUAUGAUGAACGACUUAUUACCCAAAUAAAGAUGGUUGUAAAGGUGAUGUUCCUGUAUAUUCCUCUCCCAAUGUUUUGGGCUCUCUUUGAUCAACAGGGCUCAAGAUGGACUUUGCAAGCAACAACCAUGAAUGGAAACUUUGGAGCGAUUGAAAUUCAGCCUGAUCAAAUGCAGACUGUGAAUGCCAUCCUGAUUGUUAUCAUGGUACCAAUUGUAGAUGCUGUGGUUUAUCCUUUAAUUGCCAAGUGUGGUUUCAAUUUCACGUCCUUGAAGAAGAUGACAGUGGGCAUGUUCUUAGCUUCCAUGGCUUUUGUUGUGGCUGCCAUUGUGCAACUGCAAAUAGAUAAAACUCUUCCAGUCUUUCCUACAAGAAAUGAAAUCCAAGUUCAGAUAUUGAAUGUAGGCAAUGAAUCCUUACGUGCAAAUUUUCCUGGACAAGACAUAAGUGUAGGAGUGAAUCAGUCCAGUGACUUCCUGCCUUUGGACGUGAAUAAUCCAUAUGUAAAUAUUACUUAUGGACAACAGAAGAGCACAGUUCUAAAUAACUUUGUAAAGGGCUUUCGCCACAGCAUUAUAAUAUGGAAUAGCACCCACAUUACUCUGGUGAAUGAUAGCCUUACAACCAAGCCAGAAAAAGGAGAAAAUGGAAUCAGAUUUGUCAAUUCCUUGGAUCAAACCAUCAAUAUUACUAUGGAUGGAAAGGUGUAUAGUAAUAUCAGUAGUUAUGAAGCCAGUGAUUAUCAGUUUUUUCCUUCUGGCUCAAAAACUAUACUAGUUUCAGGGCUCUGCGAAGGUCAUUCUGAAAAACUUGGAUUUGGCAGUGCAUAUACCUAUGUAAUAACAAAGUGUAAUGGCAGUGACCUAGAAUACAACGUUUUUACAGAUAUCCCAGCCAAUUCAGUUAAUAUGGCUCUACAGAUCCCACAAUAUUUCCUUCUGACCUGUGGUGAAGUUGUCUUCUCUGUAACUGGCUUGGAGUUCUCAUAUUCACAGGCUCCUUCCAACAUGAAAUCAGUACUUCAAGCAGGUUGGCUGUUCACAGUGGCUGUUGGGAAUAUCAUUGUUCUUAUUGUGGCUGGAGCAGGCCAAUUCAGUGCACAGUGGGCUGAGUACAUUCUCUUUGCUGCGUUGCUGUUGGUCGUUUGCAUUAUAUUUGCCAUCAUGGCAUAUUACUACACCUAUGUCAAUCCAGCGGAAAUUGAAGCCCAGUUUGAUGAUGAUGAUAACAAAAAAAAGAAGUUUGGAUCUGAUCCAUAUGAAAACUCUGGAUUUUCACAGACACAGAUGUAAAUGCUAAGAACAAAUGUUGAGAACAGUAGAAUUCACAUCAGGACUACUCUAAUAUAAGCAGAGCACUAUUGCAGUAUGACUGAUGAGGAAGAACCUAAUUUGUCAACACCUAUGGUGAAGCAACAUACCAAGCUAAUUCUUCUCAACUGUAGUGAAUGACAAACUCUGGAAGCAUUUAAAAGACAUAUUUGCUUUUAAAAAGAAAGCACAAAUUUAAUUUUUAUAACACAAACUCAACUUAGUUGAGGACUAACCCCUCUCUACCAUGAAGAGAACUAACCAUUAUUUUUGUUUAUUCCUUUUUUUAUUGUGAAAAAGCAAUUUUUAAAAUAUGGCAUACUAUUUGCACGUCAGCACAUUGCAUUUAACAACAUAAGGAAAUGUAUCUAAAAUCCAUGCUAAAAAUGAAUCAAUCAACUAAUAUUUCAGGAUAUGGGGGUCUAAUUACCAGUUAGUAUUAUUUCACUGUCCAUUUUCACUAACCCCUACCUCUAUUUAAGUGUGCAUGUAAUUCAAAAAACCACUCAGGUGAAUGCCAGUUAUGAUAGUAAGCAUAUAAAUGAUAGAUUAAAUAAAGUUCUGUUCCUAAAAAUAAAUGUUUAGAAUUUUUGUUUUGGAGAAAAUAAACAGUUUUACUUGUUGGAUCUUGGAUACUUGACAUACUAUAUUUCAAUAGUUGGAUAUUAUAAAUUUAUUUCUUCGGGGGUCACAAACAUAGGUUUCCAUAUUUUCCCAAUUUCUUUUCUCAGUUUGUGUACUUUGUAAGUCAUUCAAUUUAAAAUGUCAAUAAAAUCAGUUUUUUGAAAUAAAAAA